CCACCAAUUACAAGACUCGAUAUCUAUCGGCGUGCCAAAAGCCAAACGCCGGAGCUCCGUCUUCUGCUCUGAUUCCGCUGUUGCGUUCUUCGAAGACUUUGAUACCUGGGGAUGAUAUCUUUGUCUUGUUUAAGCGCCGCGCAACCGAAUCCGAGUCGUCCCUUUCGCAAUUAUUGAGGGGAUUCAAUGGAAGCAACUGGGGGAGGGAAGAAGAAGGGCCUUCCCUUCCGUGUUCCUGGGUCAUGCUUACGACACCACCAUGGAAUAGAAGAAAGAAGAGGAAAUGCAGAUUCUGUGGUGAUCACCCCUGCAGGUCUGCUUCGCCAAGUCCAAGGCUGAUUCAUGACACCAUCUCGAUCAAGGAAAACAACGCGAAUCAAUGGCUUCUCACCCGACAUUUGUUCGGACAUUUCGGAUUUCGCGGUGCCAAGCAACGUAAAAUUGAUGGGUCGUGUCGGCAUCUGCCCCCCGCGUUUACCCUCUCGGAUGUGGUCUCUUCGCUCCGUGAAUGCCGAGGGAAUUGACCUUGGUCUAGAACUCGCUCGAAUUGGGUUCUACAUUUGCUGAAUCGGCGGAGUUUUCUUCUUAAAGAUGGGAUUUUCAAUGCGGAUUCGAGCGCGACGGGGGCUGCGGAGCGGCGCAGGGAGGAACGAGGAAGAACGGAACGGGGUUUGGUCCCGAACUUGUCGAAUCGAGCACAAAGAUCCAGACUUUGGCCGCUAAACGUUGAUCUGCCGGUGGAAGUAGAACUGAGCUAGUGAUUGUAUGUGAAAAAUCAAGUUUCAGUUGAGUAAUGGAUCCAGAGGUUGGAAGAAUUCCGGUCUCUUUGAAGAAAGAUUCUUGGAAGACCAUCCUGCUUUUAGCAUACCAGAGCUUGGGUGUCGUUUAUGGAGACUUGAGUAUAUCUCCUCUAUAUGUCUUCAAAAGUACAUUUGCAGAAGAUAUUCAACAUUCAGAAACGAAUGAAGAGAUUUUUGGUGCGCUUUCAUUUGUGUUCUGGACUCUGACGCUCGUCCCCCUCUUCAAGUAUGUCUUCAUAGUUCUGAGAGCUGAUGACAAUGGCGAGGGGGGUACUUUUGCUUUGUACUCUUUGAUAUGUCGGCAUGCCAAUGUAAGCCUUCUGCCCAACAGACAGGUUGCAGAUGAAGAGCUCUCUACUUACAAAUAUGAAUGCCCUCCGGAAAUUACCAACAGGUCAAGGAUCAAGGUUUGGCUCGAGAAGCACAAGAACCUGCAUGUUGCUCUGCUGAUAGUGGUAAUGCUUGGUACCUGUAUGGUAAUUGGAGAUGGAAUCCUCACCCCAGCAAUAUCAGUGUUUUCUGCAGUUUCAGGGCUUGAGUUGUCCAUGUCUAAGGAGCACCAUGAAUAUGCUGUGGUUCCGAUAACAUGCUUCAUUUUAGUAUGCUUAUUUGCUCUGCAACACUAUGGUACUCAUCGAGUUGGAAUUCUAUUCGCACCAGUUGUUCUGACCUGGCUAUUGUGCAUCAGUGGACUUGGGAUAUACAAUAUUGUUCACUGGAACCCACAUGUCUAUCAAGCACUUUCUCCAUAUUACAUGUUUAAGUUCUUGAAAAAGACUAAGAAGGGUGGCUGGAUGUCCUUGGGUGGAAUUUUACUAUGCAUAACAGGAUCAGAGGCAAUGUUUGCAGAUCUUGGCCACUUCUCAUACACUGCAAUUCAGAUGGCCUUCACUUUCGUAGUUUAUCCCUCUCUCAUUUUGGCAUACAUGGGUCAGGCUGCUUACUUAUCAAAGCAUCAUGGAAUCUAUACGAGUUACCAGAUUGGCUUUUAUGCCUCAGUUCCAGAAUGCUUAAGGUGGCCUGUACUUGGGAUAGCAAUACUAGCUUCGGUUGUGGGGAGCCAAGCAAUUAUCAGUGGAACAUUUUCUAUCAUUAAUCAGAGUCAAUCGCUAGGGUGCUUUCCAAGAGUCAAAGUGGUUCACACCUCUGACAAAAUUCAUGGGCAGAUCUACAUACCAGAGAUUAAUUGGAUGCUCAUGAUCCUCUGCAUUGCUGUUGCUGUUGGAUUUAGAGACAUAAAGCACAUGGGAAAUGCUUCUGGACUAGCAGUGAUCACUGUUAUGCUGGUGACCACAUGCCUCACUUCCCUAGUUAUGAUCCUUUGCUGGCACAAGUCUCCAUUCUUGGCCCUUGCAUUUCUCCUCUUUUUUGGCUCCAUUGAGGUCCUCUACUUCUCUGCGUCGCUGAUCAAAUUCCUUGAGGGUGCCUGGCUUCCCAUCCUACUUGCUCUCUUUCUCAUGAUCGUCAUGUUUGUCUGGCAUUACGCCACAAUUAAGAAAUAUGAGUUUGACCUACAUAACAAGGUCUCUUUGGACUGGCUCCUGGCCCUUGGUGACAAACUUGGCAUCGUCCGUGUUCCUGGCAUUGGCCUUGUUUUCACCGAUAUCAUCUCCGGUGUGCCUGCUAACUUCUCCCGAUUUGUCACCAACCUCCCGGCGUUCCAUCGCAUCCUGGUCUUUGUUUGCGUCAAAUCUGUUCCUGUUCCAUUCGUGCCUCCUUCUGAGAGAUACCUUGUCGGACGUGUUGGACCGCCCUAUCAUCGUUCUUACAGAUGCAUUGUUCGGUAUGGGUACCGUGAUGUCCAUCAGGAUGUUGACUCUUUUGAAUCUGAGCUGAUUGCAAGUUUAGCUGAGUUCAUACAACUUGAAGCAUCUUUCAGCGGACAAAGGUCUAGUGAGCUGAUGGAUGGUUACGAAGAUGGACUUACUGUCAUCGGAAGAAGUCUGCUUACAUGCAGUCGCAAUUAUAAUACCGUGAGCAGCACUCCAGGGGGGACGAUGACCGGCGAGCUGGCUUCUGAAGAAAACGCAAUUGAGUUGGCACCUGCCAGUGCAGGAAAGAAGGUUAGGUUCUUUCUGGAGGAGAACAGUCACCCGGUACUGUCUGAGCCUGCGAGGGAAGAGCUCAAUGAUCUACUGGCGGCACGGGAGUCUGGAUGCGCGUUUGUGUUGGGACAUUCUCAUGUGCAAGCGAGUCAAGGGUCAUCGAUCAUGAAGAAGUUGGCGAUCGACGUCGCGUACAACUUCUUAAGGAGAAACUGCCGAGGACCAGACGUGGCACUGCGUGUGCCUCCUGCAUCCCUCCUCGAGGUCGGCAUGGUCUAUGUCUUGUGAAUGUAAGCAUGCUCUUACAAACCAUGUCGAGCUCCUCCUUUGCAGAAACUGUGUCAUGCAGCUGUUUGAAGGAAUGUGCGUGCUGUGACCUGUCAUGCAGCUUUAAAGGAAUGUUUGCAGAAACUUGUCUUACGAGACAUGUUAGCAUGUACUGUUGUUUGUGAUAGGUACAGCUUUCCAGCUUAUGGACAAAGUAUGUGUAUAUAUACAACUAAUUGCAGUGCAUGUAAAUUCUUGAUUCAAACUCACCAAUAGUUAGGGUUGGUUCUCA